AUGGAUUUAGACUUGGUUAACCGCGAUCCUAAUUCCAUCAACAACCAUGUGCAGGUUGCUUUCGAGGAUGUAUUGGCUGAACCGGAGGAUGUCCGUUCUAUGAACUGUGUCUGGAAAUUCACCUACAAAUGUUUCACUCUCUGGAAGCAGCUUUGUUAUAACAUUGCCACUUUCUGUUGUGGGCUGUGUAUCGCCAUGAACUGGGGCUGUAUCUUCGCUGAGACGGCCUUCUAUCACAUCUGGUACAUCACACCCUACCUGAAAUGGCUGGAGAUCAACUGCGAACCAAUGAGGAAGUUAUUCAGGAUGUGCUUGAGUUGUUGUCUCGAUCCGGUCUGUGAAUCCAUAGGUACUGUUUUCCAUGCUUGCAAGAAAGGUGAUAGCGUCUGA